AUGGAAACACACAUCUUUCCGCUCGAGAUCCUCUCUGAUAUAUUCCUCUACUCUCUUCCUAAUUUCCCUGAUCAAGUCCUCUCACUACAUUCCGCGCCACUUGUCCUCACACAGGUCUCUAGAGAAUGGCGGGCCCUUGCUCGCUGCAUCCCAGAGUUAUGGGCACAGAUUCGCCUCCCGGAUACAGAGAACUGGUCGGACGCAGCGCUCGCGUCGUUAUUCGCCGAGUUAGGGACGUGGCUUCGCCUCUCACGCUCAUCACUUCUAUCUAUUCAUCUGGCAACACACGAUCCACGCGGGUACACACGUUAUCUGAACGUUCUCUCUGUUCACUCACGUCGCUGGAAAGAUGUGCACAUGGAACUCGCCCCCGGUCAUUAUCUCCCCCCUAUUUCGCUCUUAGCGGUGCCAUUUCUGGAGAGAUUCACGCUGAAAGCGAAGCUGAGCGCCGAGAACGCCGAAGCAUUAAAGGAGUCGCUGAGAUUCGCACCUUCCCUGCACGCCAUCGACGUCGAAUGGCAUCCAGGCUGGUCGCUCCCAUGGCCAAAAAUGACGCAGCUUGCCAUGCAUGCAGACGAGUCCCUCCCAAUCUUCGACCUCGCCCAGCUCACAUCGCAUCUAUCGCAAUGCAAUGUCUUGUCCUCGCUCAAGCUGGCAGCAAUCGACUACGACGACUUCGUCGGCACCGCUCUGACGGCCGAGCUGCCGCAGUUGCAGGUCCUAGACGCGGCAUUGGAGGAUCCCGUCGUGCUUGGCUCGUUCCUGCGCACCAUCGCGGCGCCCCAACUACACACCCUGCGCCUAUGCACGAGAGAUGCGGUCGAGCUAUUCUCUUCUGGGAAUUUGCAUAUAGGCUUGCGCGAGAUGCUGUCGCGCUGCUCUCUCACACUCCAUGUUUUCGAACUCACUUCGCGCUGGGUGAGUGACGGGCUGCUCAUAGAGGCGCUCAGGAACAUGCCGAACCUCUCUUAUCUUUCCCUCAAAUCCAUGCCUCUGAGCAGAGCCACACUCGAGGCCUUGACAUCGCGGUGGACACACGAGGGGAAGCUCACGUCGGGGCUUUGUACGAAGCUGGAGCAUCUACAUCUGCGCACAGACGACCAUACUCCGAAUUUUCCGUACGAGCAGCUUGCAUCCCUGGUGGAGUCAAGGCGGAGGGUUGUUCCCGAUUCCUUUCACGCAAACACCCCCGAUGCACCUGUUGUCGCCCGGCUGACUUCGUUCGAAAUGGCCGAUCAUGAUAAUACGCUCGUAUUGCGCGAUGUCGCGAUGAAGGAUUGCGUUGGAUCGUCAACCGACAAGAUGUUUCUUGGUGCUGGGAAUAAUGGCGCCUUGCGUUUGUCGUCGCUUAACAGCGAAGAACGACUGCCUGAUGUGUUAGAUCAGCCACGAAGACUACAUCUGCAUCGUCCCUCCGAUAUUUCCUACGUUCUCCGACCCCAGCGGACUUCUACGUUUGAAGGAACAGAGGAUGCAAUGGAGCACAUGACCUGA